AUAAAGCGCUCAGUCUCAUUCAGGCUCUGUGCCUGGGUUACUCUCUUCUCUCUGAGCACAAUGGUCAAUCCCUGCGUCUCACCGACGUGCCACUGUCAAUAAACUAAAGAAAAAACCCUCGUCCGGCUCUUAAACUAGCACAUGGCUGGAACAGGAGCUUUGUGACAGGGCUGGAAGUCGGGGAAGAGCUGUAGCCGUGUGGAGAACAGUGCUCUUGUGUAGGGUCGCGGCGCGCCAGGCGCCCUGAUGCUGCGAGGAAAAAAAACGCCAUUGUCCAACAAAAAAGCGCUAGCUAGCUGCUAAAUGACUGGCUUACAGACGAGAAACAUGACUUCGACGCUGCCUCCCGUCCUUUUCCUCCUCCUCCUCAGCAUCCAGACCGCCGUUUCAUUCGAGGUGACGUUACAGGAUGACGACUGCAUCAUGAUGACUCUCGAACCCUUGGAUCUGAGGGACAACAUCACUGCGUAUGCUGCCAGGAUAUCUGGAGAGCCUCGCACCCACAUCCUGCCCUUCCAGAGUACCAGCGAUGGCCACCUGGCUCCUUCUGUCCUUCUUUAUAACACCACCUACCAUGGGUUCUGUUACACCAUCAGCCUUCUACUAGCCAAUGGCUCCACGUGGACCAAACCGGUCAAGACUGUGACUCUGCUCACAAAGCCUCUUCCAUUGGAGAGUGUGCAGAUUUCAGACUACCAGCCAGCUCCGGAGACCGGCGUGGUAUUUGAGCUCCGUUCGCCGGAGAGAAACAGCUUUAGCCGGGUGAACAUCAGCUACUCCGAGGGCAGAGAGCAGCGCUUCAUGCUCUACAAAGAUUUUCAGAAAGGCAAAACGGUUUUUAAGCACUGGUUGCCUGGGACGUGCUACAGCAACAUCACCUUCCAGCUCAUCUCCGAAGCCACGGUCAACAAAAGCACCCUGAUAAAAAAGAGUGAAGUGAUCCACGAGCCGCUCCAUCACAGGACAGUACCCAACCCUCCUCUCAACGUGUCUCUCAAGAUUGUCCACCUCAAUGGAAGAGGCUUGCCUGUGACUAACUGGCGUGAAAAGGCGUCCCAUGACACCCGUCUGCCACGAAAGGCACGCGACGUCCCCCUAACAGAGGAACAGCUAGAAACAGAGGUGCAAGACAAAGAGGAAGAUCCGAGACCCGAAGAGGAGUCGCAGUCAGUUACCCAAAGACCUCUUGCUACCUCUGAGAACCUAAACAGCAGCUCAGCGCCAUUCGUUAACAUCGUAAAUGUGUACACACCUGCUGCAGAAAAUAUCUCCACUAACAGCAGCGACAUGUCAGAGAGCGAGAAUUCCACUGCUUCCUAUUGGCCAACGAGGCGUCCCUCUCCCACCGAAGGGGAAUAUGAGUUUGUGAAUGGAGUGGCUCCAGAGUAUGAAGACUCAAAGGAGCUUGGCUCAGCCAUGGAUUCCAGCCUAGAGCCCACUGACAGGUCCAACAAAGCGUCCUCGAUUCUGCUGGAGCUUCGCUGGUUGCCUCCCCCACCACCCACCACAACUGACGGCUUUAAUGUCUACAUCUAUCGAGACAGUAACAUGACUAAACCGGCGACUGUGGACGAGAACACUCAUGAGUUCUUCACCGAGCUGUCGGAGCCUGGGACAUACCGUGUUCUAGUCACCACCAUCAGCUCCUCAGGAGAGUGUGAGCCCCGAGAGAGCGCACCACAUCGAGGAUUCACCUUCUACCUCAGUCCUACAGGCGAGUGGCUGGAGCAGCCCAAGGAGCGUCCCCAGGCGGUGAGUGUGAAAAUGCUGGGGAAGAGCACAGCCUCUGUGUCCUGGGCUCCACCCAAGCAGAGCUACAACGGCAGCCUCAUCUCAGUGGUAUCUCUAACGUGCCUCAAGCCCAGCCUCAGCCAGCGCAUGGAGAACACCUACUGCUCUGAGGAAAACACCACCAUUGACGUCAUCACUAACCUGACUCCUGGUGCUCAGUACAGAGUGGUGGUUUAUCACACCAACGGACCCCUAAUCAGCCCUCCCUCCGAACCAGUCAUUAUCGAUAUAGAGCCAACAGGAGUGCGAGACCUGGUGGUGUACCCCCUGAGUCCCACGGCAGUCAUUCUGAGCUGGCAGAGGCCACAUAACGUGGCCUUCCGCAAAUACGUGCUGCAGACCUUUUACUUCAACUCGGCCACGCAGACCGCCCAGUGGACCACGUACUACGAGAUUGCCGCUACCGCCUCCGUCAUCGCCUCUGUGAGAGUGGCAGAUCUUUUGCCUGCAUGGUACUACAACUUCAGAGUAACCAUGGUGACCUGGGGUGACCCUCCUCUCAGCUGCUGUGAUGGAUCCACUGUGAGCUUUGUUACUGCUCCUGAGGCACCCCACAUCUCCUCAGUGGAUUACUCCCAUGGUGUGUUGUAUGUGCGCUGGACCUACGGGGAUCUCUUCACUGAUCUGUCCCACUCCAGAAUGCUGCACUGGCAGGUGCUGGCUGAAGGAAAGAAAGGCUCCAGGAGACGCUUCUCAACAGAUGUGACACGCAACGUAAUGAAGGCUGCGCUUGUGCUCCCUCCUGGUGACAUCUACAACCUGACGGUCACGGCUUGUACAGAACGCAGCCGCAACACCUCCAUACCCCACAUCCUGAAACUGGAUCCAGCACCUCCCAAGUCCCUGUACGCGGUCAACGCAACACACUCUGCCGUCACUUUGCUCUGGACUGAGGAGGGAGUAGUGGACUUUUACCAGGUCAGCUGCAGGCAACUCGGGCCCAUCACACAACUCAAGGCUGCUGAGCCCCAGACUGCCCACUCCCAUGUGUUAACUGUGAACAACCUGCAGGCCUCCACCUCCUACAACUGCAGCGUGAUCAGUUACAGCUACAGCACACCCAGCGAGCCCGCCUACAUUACCAUCAGCACUCUGGCUCAGGAGAUGAACCCCAGCAUAGCUGCUAUCUCAGCGCUGGCUGUGCUCAGUGUGUUACUCAUCAGCCUGCUCGUGCUCUUUCUACUGGUGCUGCGCAAAAAACACAUGCAAAUGACCAGGGAAUGUGGGGCAGAAACCUUCGUCAACUUCGCCUCUUUUGAGCGUGAUGGGAAACUUCCUUACAACUGGCGAAGGAGCCUCUUUGCCUUCCUUACUCUUCUGCCAUCCUGCCUUUGGACUGACUAUCUUUUGGCUUUUUAUAUUAAUCCAUGGAGCAAGACUGCUCUAAAGAAAAGGAAGCUAACAAGCCCAGUGCAGCUGGAUGACUUUGAGGCCUACAUAAAAGACAUGGGCAAAGACUCUGCGUACAAGUUCUCCCUGCAGUUUGAAGAGCUGAAGAGUGUUGGUCUGGACCUAUCCCAUGAUGCCGCAGAUCUGCCAGUAAACAGACCCAAGAACCGCUACACCAACAUCUUACCCUACGACUUCAGCCGCGUAAAGCUAAUCUCUAUGCACAACGACGAAGGCUCCGACUACAUCAAUGCUAACUACAUUCCAGGCUACAAGUCACCUCGUGAGUACAUCGCCACACAGGGGCCACUCCCGGAGACGCGCAACGAUUUCUGGAAGAUGGUGAUGCAGCAAAACUCACACGUCAUCGUCAUGCUGACUCAGUGCAACGAGCGGCGCAGGGUGAAGUGUGAUCAUUACUGGCCAUUUACGGACGAGCCUGUUUCCUACGGCGAGAUCACGGUAGAGAUGCUGUCUGAAAGCGAGUCUCCUGAAUGGACCAUCAGGAAUUUCCGCCUCAGCUAUGCAGACGAGGUGCAGGACGUGCUGCAUUUUAACUACACGUCCUGGCCCGAUCACGGUGUGCCCACGGUGAACGCCAUCGAAAGCAUCCUGCAGUUUGUGCAGCUAGUGCGCCAGCAGGUGAACAGGACCAAAGGACCAGUUACGGUCCACUGCAGUGCUGGUGUGGGUCGUACAGGCACGUUUAUUGCCCUGGACCGGCUGAUGCAGCAUAUCCGGGAGCACGAGUAUGCUGAUAUAUUGGGCAUGGUAUCAGAGAUGCGCUCACAUCGACUCUCUAUGGUGCAAACAGAGGAACAGUAUGUCUUCAUUCAUCAGUGUGUUCUGCUCAUGUGGAAGAAGAAAAAACAGCAGAGUCUCACCAGCGAUGUCAUCUACGAGAACGUCACCAAGUCUUAAUGGCAGCCAGGACAUGUAUGGAAAGCUGUAUUGAUGCCCUGCACUCUCCUUUGCUUCAGGCAUUUAUUCUCUGCAUAAAGGCCUACUAUAUAAACACCAGAAUAAAUAAAAACUGCAGCAGAGGAGUUGCAGAAACCACCCAAGCUAUUCUACAUUCUAUUGUCCCAACCAGUGAAGGCACAAUAGGACAAAAAACAUGCCUUAAGGAAUCCACAACAACGUCCAGGCUGCUUUCUUUCAGCAGAGUCACUGCAGCAGUUCCAGAGCGAGUGUUAGUGGUGAGAGUGAAUGAACCGCUGGCCAAAUGGGACAAAAAAGAACUUUUAGCAUUUAGUUUUAUUCUCAGGAUUGUCUGCAAGCACCAACCCCAUCUGCUGGUUGCUGCCACACCCAGCGAAGGCAUGAGGAGGUCCACGUGCUCGUCAUGGACGUCUCUGAGGGCGUUAGGGCGCCAUAAUUUGUGAGAGUAUUUCACAUACAUCCAAACUCAUCAUAGUAUUAGUAUUCAUUGCCUUGGUUCCUGAAGCUGCAUCAGACUCUUUAACUGUCACACUGCCACUCCCUGGAAGGGACAUUCAGUACAAGUGUGUAUGUGUGUGUGUGUGUGUAUGUGUGAGAGAGAGCAUUCUCUACUGCUGUACUACUCUUGAUAAGCUACUCUUUGGUACGACUACUAGAACCUGGUUGCAUAUUCCCACAUUCGUGAAAUGAGGACCUUCUGAGGUGACGACAUGCAUCCGUCUUUCUGGGUCUGUAUAAUUUGCACUGAUUAUCUGUAAGUGUGCGCUGCGCUAUAGCGAAAAUAUGUAAGUUAUGUCACUGUACUGCGCCUCCUCGUCUGUCCUCACCACGUCUCCUGCUAGCUGAAUGAUAUCAUCGGUUCUACAGUAGAAGAACCUUAUCUAAGCAGAGGAGAGUGUGGUGUAGUGGAAAUUGCCAUGUCAGAGCUCUCAUAACUCUGAUGUGGAACUGCACAGUUUAAUCUUUCAAGCUGUGGAGUUGGAAUGUACACAUCAUCCUUUCAUGUAUAAGGAAGCCUGGCUGAUGCCAAGACUUAAAUGUUCUCACAAAAAAAAAAAAAAACUGAAGAUUUGUUUCGAGUUCAGCUCACUUGGGUCCAAAACCAGAGUGUGAAACAUAUCCUGUCAUGUAGAGAUAUGUAGGAUGUAAUGUUUAUUUUUUAAUGUUUAUUUUUACAGCAAAGCUGGUGAAGCUGGUGAGUUCAUCUGUAAAGGACCAUGUUUAUGCUUACAUGUGGAAAAAGCAGUAUUGGCAUCUGUAUUGGCAGAUAAUGAGGAAUUAUGUAUUCAUUUCAUAUCACAUGUUGAAAAAUGUCUGCUCAACUGGUACUGGCAGUGCACACUGAAGUUCAUAACAGCAAGAAAUACCUUAGAUAUCUCCCAUAAUAAGGUACAGUAUAAGGUCAUUCUGAAUUAAUAUUUGGCUUAGUUUGUACAUACAAAGCCUUAAAGAAGUCUCUUACUUCAUACUAAAGAAAAAUGGAUCAAAUCCAUGAUUAAAGUCUUCAUAUUUAACUAUUUCUAUUUCUAAAAAUGUUACAUACUGCCUAUUGUGCUGAGUAAUAUUCUCAUAAUAGUAUGCCGAGAAUUUCACUGAUCAAUUAUCCAGUCCGCUACAAAACUAUACAUGGAGUUGGAGAAGACCUUCAAAUAUAAGGGCCAGUGUUUGCUCUUAAAGUUUCAUGUCUUUUUUUAAAAAAAAAUUUCUUUAAUAUAGUGUACGUCGAGCUGUGUCCAAUUUGUCUUUGGUGCCAUUUUGUGCAAUGCAUCACUUUAAGCCUGAGCUGAGAUCACUCGUCAUCCUCUCAGUUUUAAUGUGUGUGGUUAUUGGAAACAAAACAAUAAAGAAAACCGUUGAAUA